AUGGACACGGGGGGACACGGCGGAGGAUGCGAACACUGCGUGGAGCAGGGCGAGGGCUUGGCGGCAGCUGGCGUCUUUGUGCCCUACACCGAGCGCUUCGGCUCGCAUCCGCCGCUGGUCUCGGACGCCGAUGCGCAGCUCAUCAUUCACAUCCCGUUCACGGCUAGCGUCAAGCUUCAGUCGCUGGUGGUCAUGGGCGAUGGUGACUCGGCGUUCUUCCCGGCGCAUGUCAAGCUCUUUGCCAACCCGCGCGCCGUCAUCGACUUCUCCAACGCCGACGACCUGGAGCCGACGCAGGAGCUGGACCUCGCGGCCGACGCACUGGGCGUCAUGCCACACCUGGUCAACCCGCCCAAGUUCUCGUCGCUCUCUUCGCUCACUCUCUAUAUCACCGCAAACGGCUCCGGCGACGACGACGAGCAGACCCGCAUCAAGUACAUCGGCCUCGGCGGUGAGCACUCGGCGCUGGUGGGCUCGCGCGAGGUCGUCAUCACCGCCUACGAGUCGCGCCCGCAGCCAUCCGACCACAAGACCAAGGCCGACGCCUUUGGCGGAACAAGCUCUAUCUUUUGAUGAGGGGAUAAACCGCUGGUUUGCUACCACCGACGGUGUCUGCGCGAGCUGUGAGCGCUGCGCUUGCCAGGCGAACCCGCCAGCGACGCCAUCAUCGACAGC